AUGCUCGCCCGCCGCGUCUUCACCUCGGUAGUCAGCGCAACGCCCAGCGCCUCCCGCCAGGCCACACGUUCCGGCUCCACCUCGGCCUCCUCCUGCCCACGACCCCCUUCAUCCUCCCUUUCCGCCAAACACCCUUCAUCACCCUCGUCAUCGCCCUCCCCUACCCCAUCGAGCUCUCGCGGCCGGUCAAAACCGCAUCGGUCCGCAGUACAGGUCCGACCGCGUCCUGACCGCCUGGCUGCUGCGUCCAGCGCUGGGUUCUUUGCUCAGGCAUCAGCGUACACGUCCUCCGCACCUGCCGCACCUGCGGCUUCUAGGAAGACGGAGGGUAGGCGGCGGAGAUCAUGGUCUUUCCUCCGUUCUUUCGCCUCGGUGGAUCCUUCUCCCAUCAAGGGGAUCUUCUCGCAGUGUCAAAUCCCCGUUGCUCGAGACUACACAUUCCGUCCUAUCCCCCUCUACCCUGACCCACUCCACCUCCACCUCGCCCUGACACCGUCCCAUCAGCCCAUCAUGGCCAACCUCGGAACAGAGCGGCUCCUCUCCCCGCCCCGCACCCCCCUCGCUGCCGGCGCAUCACCCUUUGACCCGCCCGCACCCCGCUCACCUCUUCGCGGUCUCUUACGGAAAAAGCUGCUCGAUACCUCGCCAGACGGGAUGCCUAUCGUCGGCGAUACCUCCUCAGCCAUGAACGACCACACCAUGGUUCUUGCCGCCCUCUCCCACCCCUCCUUGCGGCACCACCUCGCCGCCCCCACGCAAGGCCCGUUAUUCAGGGACGAUUCGGAGAUUCCGGACGUGAUGCGCCUUAUGGCCGAGUCGGACGUCAAGCACCAGCUCUUCGCUGAGCAGGCGUUCGAUACGGCGCUAGCCAAGCUGGGGGACAAGGUCCCAGCUUUUGGGUUGGCGGAUGUCGCAGAGGAGGAAGUCCGGCGGCAUGUUGCGUCCCCCGGAGAGAAGGUGCAGAUGGACGAGGCGCUCCGGGGGCUGGACAGCGCCCUGGCGAGGAUGAACCUCGUGGAGGCGGCGGAGGCGGCGGAGGAUACAGCCAUCGGGGUCGAGCUCGAAAAAGCGGGCGAGGCGGAUGGGGAGGAGAUGUUUAGGCAAGGACGGAGUAGGCAGAAUGGGAAAUACGCUCAGUUGAGGAGAGGGGAAGGCGUCGGAGCGGCCUCGAGCUCCAAUGGAGGAAUGACGGUCUCGGUACAGGUGUAUAGGAUAGGUGGGGGCGCGGCGGGGGAGAUGAACUUUGAGGAUAUAAGUGAUUUGGGGGUGGUGAUGGACAGUGUCAAGAGGAAGAGGAAGAAGAAGAUUAGUAAGCACAAGUAUCAGAAGAGGAGGAAGGCGACGAGAGCACAGAGGAAGCGGUUGGGCAAAUCGCAGGAUCUAGUAGAGGGCUCGUUGAUCCGGUCGGGUGACACCUACCAGCCUUCGGCCUCCUUGUUGCCGAUCGAGAUCUCCGAAGUGGAGCUUCGAUAUACGAGUCGACUCGCUAUAGGUAUCCCCACCCGCGCGACUCGUGUAGCUAUCUACCCCUCGUCCGCCUACCUACACUUCCUACAAGAUUUGCCGCCUGCGCGUCAAGCUCCCGGUGAAUCUCCUACUCGACAAAGCCUGAUGCCAAUUAGGCAACUCACCACUCUGCUAUCACGACCAUCACCAUCCCCAGUCAUCUGCAGAUCGAUACGCCUCAUGUCGACCCCUGUCGCAUCUCAGCUUCGUCCUACCCGGUCAGCCCCGCGGGUCGUCGUACAGCAGCGGGGCGAGAUUACCACGGCGGAGCAAGAGUCUGCAGCGGAGAUUCUGUGCCAUGGGUUCUGGACAUGCAACUCGCCCGUGCUCCGCUUCCGAGCGCACAACGACAGACCGACGCUCCUAGAGCUCAUGCGCAGCCGCGUCAAGGCCGCUUCAGCCACUGGCGGUCUCUUCCUCUCCUAUGAGAAGGCCGAGCCGGUAUCCGGUACGGAACCAGGAGGCGGUGAAGGGGGCGAGGGGCAGAUGGUGGGGACUGUGAUUGUGACUAUGCCAGGGGAGGACAUGGCGGCAUUGCAGAAGAGUUACGGGGAUAAAGAUAAGGUGGUGAAGGAUGAAAGCGAGGCGGAGCGCAAGACUCGAAUAUGGGUCGAAGAGGAUCUCGUACCUUUCUGCAAUGAUUUUUCCGCCCGCGCCCUCGGUCCAGGCGUACAAGACGCCUCCCUCUACAUCUCCAUGUUCGCCAUGGCUGCCGAAGCGCAGGGUAAGGGGCUGGGCCGGGAGACAAUGGAGCAGGUGGUCCAGUGGGGGGAUGAGCAGGGAUGGGAGAUGACGCUGUUUGAUCAUGAGCCGGAGCUGGUGAGUUGUGUCAUGUUUCACUCGGGGCUGGGCCGUCGCUCUCGGGCGGAAUCGUCGGCGGUGGGGUCAUACGAGAAGAGCUGUUGA